GGGGGGGACAGGGAGGAGGGGCAAGCAAUUUGCUGUAGCUGAAGAUCCUCAACCUGCUUCAGCGAUUACCCCCUCAGUGCCCUGUUAUCAACCUCGGCGAUACAGUCGAUUCAUUGUCUUCAGGUCUGCUCGUGAUGGCCACCCUGACCAGCUGUGACGCGUGUCUCUAAGCUGGCUGUUUGGUGCUAGAUGUCCCAUCACUGAGGCCAUCACCGCAUGAACCACAGGACGACACGGAACAAGGCGACUCUUACUCACGUUCUCUGGGGAACCUUAACAAGACUAUCAACAAGCAAGAGUGCCCCGGCGAGAGUGCGCCAGCUUAAACGGCCCUUACCACACCAUCAACAACAGUCUCCUGGCAUCUCACCACAAUGUCGCCCCAACACCAGGGCUGGGGUAUACUAGACGCCGGAGACGCCGGAGACGCCGGAGACGACUGGAAGGAGAUCAAGCAACCCGGCGUUGCGAUGGAGACGACCCGACCGAAAUCCGACUGGAGGCCCAUAUCAUCGCAACCAGCAAAGCACUACCUCCGCCGCGUCCGGUCGCUGAUAUUCCCCAAGCCCCGCCCGCCCGAGAAGCUGCGACGAACAGCCUACCUCGACGGCCUGCGCGGCUUCGCCGCCUUCCUGGUGUACUGGCACCACCACGAGCUCUGGGCGCACGAGUCCAACGGCACGACGGCCAUCUUCGACAACGGGUUCGGGCGCGACGGGCGGCGUUUCCUAUGCGCGCUCCCGGGCGUCCGCACGCUCUUCACGGGCGGCCACUUCGCCGUCGCCGUCUUCUUCGUCAUCUCGGGGUACGUGCUGUCGGCCAAGCCGCUGGGGUUCAUGCACGACGGGCGGCAAGGGCUGCUGGGCGACAACCUCGCGUCGGCGCUGUUCCGGCGAUGGCUGCGCCUGUACAUCCCGUUGGUGUGCACGACGUUCCUGUACAUGCUGUCGUGGCACGCGCUGGGGCGGCCGCUGCGGGUGCAGGGGGCGGAGCCGCAGGGCGGGCUGCGGGACGAGGUGUGGAACUGGUACGCCGAGUUCAAGAAUUUCAGCUUCGUGUUCACGACGGGGGGGAAGCCGUGGUUCUCGUACAACUUCCACACCUGGUCCAUCCCCGUCGAGAUGAAGGGCUCCAUCGUUGUUUACACCGCCCUGCAGGCCCUCUCCAGGGUCACCACGUCAGCCCGCCUAGCCUGCACCGCCGCCCUGGCAUUCUACUUCCUCUACAUCGCCGACGGCUGGUACGGCGCCGCCUUCCUGGCCGGCAUGCUGCUCUGUGACCUCGACCUGCUGUCCGCAAGGGGCGAGCUGCCCGGCCCGCUGGCCCGUCCGCUGUCCCGCCUCGGGGAGCCGCAGCGGCGGUUCCUGUGCUACCACCUCCUCGCGGCGGGGAUGUACCUAGGCGGCGUGCCGGCCGCGACGCUGGACGUGGCGGACCUGGGCAAGAACCGCGGGUGGUACUACCUGUCGCUGCUGAAGCCGCAGGCCGUCUUCGACUACAAGUGGUUCUACCUGCUGUGGGCGGCCGUCCUCGUCGUCGCGGCCGUGCCGCGCAUCGCGCCCGCCAGGCGCUUCUUCGAGUCGCGGUUCUGCCAGCACCUGGGCCGCGUGUCGUACGCGCUCUACCUCGUCCACGGGCCCGUCCUGUGGCUGCUGGGCGACAGGGUCUACGCUGCGGUCGGGUGGCACAGGGAGUGGCACGCCGAGAACAUCCCCGGCUGGAUCGACUGGCUCAGGCUGCCUGCCGCCGGCCCGCUGGGACUGGAGUUCUCCUUCCUGGCGCCGCAUGUCGUCCUCCUACCCCUGACCCUUUGGCUUGCGGAGGUCGGUACCAGGGUGUUUGAUGAGCCUGCUGUUAGAUUCGCUUCGUGGCUGUAUGGGAAGAUGUUGCCGCAGCCGGGGAAGAUGUAAUUAGUUAGGGCAUUGUAAUGGCAGUAAGAGUACAGCAACAUCUGCGAGACCAUCUGCGAGACCAUAUGCGAGACCAUAUGCGAGACCAUAUGCGAGACCAUAUGC